AGUGUGAUUGGACACACAAGGAAUUUGUCUUGAUGCAUAUGCUCUCGGUGUACAUAAAAGAAAAGAUACAUCCGUCAAGAAUCAUAAGCCUUCCCAAUGGCUGAUUUGAAGAUUUCUGCUUCAUCUCUUCACAUAGGACACUGCUGUGAGGGAUAACAUGAAUAUUGUAUGGUAGCAGUCAAUCAUCCAGCAGAUGAGUGAUGAAACAUAAAAUGAGAAUAUCAGGCCAUGGGUUCCUGAGAUUUCGAAAAUGUUGCAGAGAAAUCUUCCAAUGCUGUUGGGGGAGAAUGAGAAGGAAUGCCAGGCCAGCCAGUCCUUCAACCUCCACCUUGGAAGACGCAACAAAUCUGUCUGGCCGAAGAAAAAUCAAAAUCACAAUAGACAUUGAGCUCCAUAAAGUGGAGCAGCACGAUUUCCCUCCAAAGGACAGCCAAGGGAAAGAGAAGGUCCUCUUCGAGAGGCGGGACCUUUUCCAAGCAGCACAAUCAGAGCUGGCCUGUAUAAGAAGGGACCAGGAGAUGAGCCAAUAUCUGCGUCAAGUGGUCUCUGAGAGGAGGAGAGAGACACAGCAAUCAGCUCUGUUGCAGGAGCACAGCUUUGUCAAUGGAUUAGCUGCAUUGCUGGAAAUGUAUGAUCUCAGCAAGAUAACACCAGAAAGGGACGAACCAAUAGAAGCCAUGCUGAUGGACCUUUCCAGCUUUUAUUGGACGGCGACCCUGGAUGCAGAGGAGGAAGAUCUUUCUGAGGUGGAGAAGAAGUUGUUGGACGAGGCCUUUGGCCUAACAAUGAGGAACCUACUCCGACAGUCUCCCACCACAGAACAGUUUGUUUUCAUUCUGAAGCAACUGGACCCACGUGGGAAACUCUUUUUGCCGGCGAUAAACCAGCUCCUCUCCUGUGGAAACCAUCAUCCCAGGAUCGAUCUCCAAGAAGUCCAGCAGGCUUUCCCUGAUGUUCCCAGGGAAAUCUGGCAGGCUGGAACCACCUACGAAAACAUCAAUGAAGGAGACCUAGAAAUAGAGGAGUUGUGACCUCCACCCUUCGCCGUUGAGCCACCUAUGAAGAAAAGCUACCAUCUCAGGAAAUGGCCCUUUGGUUCUUCCUUCUAUCAAUUGCAUAAAUUUUGUAUAAUAGUUGAAUUUGAUCUGUUAAAACUUCUGACUGUAUAAUAAUUGUUGGUAUCUGUGUUUGUAGAUCACUGGAAGAUCAGAACUCCCUCCUGCUGAAGUUUCCCUUGGGGUUUGGAAGAUGGCACUGGGGCUGAAGAUGCUGUGGAGCA